AUGAAGCUGGUGAGCGAGAUCGUAAGAGAGCCGACCCUGUCCGUAGAAGGCGUCAAAGAGGUGAUAGAAGUGCACCGGUGGCGCAGAUGCAGGUGGCCGCGGCGUGGUACAUAUCGCAUCACCGCCCGCCCGCAAUUUCGCGUAAAAUUGGCAGCGUGCGGCGGGCGGGCGGCGGCAGCGGCGCGGAGCGUCGCUCCCGAAAUAGUGUUCGGGCGCGGUCGUACGCUCUCGGGAACGGCGCCCCAGUCGCCGUGUGGCCGCGCGCGCGCACCCGCGUCGCCUCGCCAGCCGUCCCGACGCCGCACGAAUACCCGGGUGAGGGAACGAGCUCGCCGGUGCACGAGUCAACGGUGCGCGUAUUUCGGUCGCGAGAGGGCCCCGGGCCGCGUCGGGCGCGCUGCCCGCGCGCUGGCCGCCGUGCUCUGGUGGUGGUGCGUGGCGCUGCUGCGGCUGGUCGCGCUCUGCGCGCCUCCCCCCGGCCCGUCGCCGCCGCCCUCCGCCCGCGCCGCGGAAGAUGCGCCGUCGGCGGCCGCUUGCGCGAGCGCGCCUUCCAACACCACCGAGCCGUCGCCGCCGCCCGAGCCGCCCGACCCGCCCGCGCACACCGAGUGGUGGUGGGCGGGCGCAUGCGUUGGCGCCGCUGUGCUGGUGUGUGCGGCCGCGGGCGCGCUGGCCCGCCCGCACCUGCGCCGCCGACACGCUGCCGCCGCAGCCGCCGCCGCCAACCCCGUGAGUCGUUGUAUUACUAUUUUAUGCAAAUAUACAUGUAGACACAACAUAUUUACCUGUUUUACUGAUAGAUAAAAAGCAAUUCGUUUUCUGCUGGUUUUUAUUAUUAGACUGUAGAUAUUUAACUAAGAAAGUACAUAAAAUGUACAUGCAUCAGGUUAAAAUUGGUUUGCAAUUAAAAUAAUUAUAGAAUAAGUACUUAAUAAUGCUGAUACCAUGAAGGUUGAAGAUGCAAUUAUUUUGAUUAGGUAUAUAAAAUUAUUCACCCUGUUAUCAUUUUCAUAGGCGACAAUAACAUGAACUCAGGAUUCCCAGGAAUCAAAUGGCGGUCAAACGUCGGACAAUUAAAUAUAAAAAAAAAUUAAGGGAAUAAGGGAUAGUACCUACUAAUUGCGAGCCGAUAUUCGACUUAUUGUUGCAAAAGUAUUUUCAAUAGGAACAUUUUUGCACGCCUUUUUUUUCCUAUUUCCAUUGGUGAUAAAUAUUACUAGAAGUGGUAAAGUAGAAACCUGUAAGUAUACAAUCACAGUAGGCGGAUAAGUAGAUACAGUAAGACAAGAAUUUUACUUUAAUAUUCCUACAAAUGUGUAAACUAACAGGAUUUUUUACGAAUUUAAAAUUAAUUGUUCAUACCAUUGUACGUAAUAUUACUAGUUGUUUAUUUUAUAGGAGAUGUUUAUUUACAUAAUCAAUCUUGUAACAACCAGAAAUCAAAAUUUAAAAUAUACGAUGGUACUUUUCUU